UUUAUACCGGGACAAUCGAUAACAAUCUAAAUUUAGGAGAAAAUAAAAAAAAGAAACGCGAAUCCUGAAUAAAAUUAACUAAAAUUAUACGGGAAAACGUGUCAGACGUAGAAAAAACGCCAGAAUCUCUAACCAAAGUGGGAAUUUGUGGCAUCGAUAACAAUGUCAAUAAACCGGGAUUCCAAAGAUGUGGCAACUUUAAGUUUCGAGCGCAGCAUAGGAACAGCUGUUCUGAAAUUGUUCUGAAUUUAUUUUGUUUUAUUUAUUUUGGUUUUUGUGCAAUCUUUCGGUCUAAAAUAAUAAUUGCAACGCGUUUUGUACAACGCAGAAAUGUUCUCAGGACCUAGAGUGAUGUGAGUUUAAAGUUUAAAAGGACGAAUGCACCAAUCAGUACAAACGAAAUCGCGGUCCAUUUGCCAAAUGUGAUUUCCAUGCCUUAAACAAAAACAUUUCGUACCAAUGCAACAACAAUGCCACUAGACUGUUAAGACUGUUCAAUCAUGAAUGGGCCACAGCAAUCAAAGGAAAAGGUACCUCUAUUGGGAGCAGCUCCCGACAAUCAUGGAGGAGACCAGGCGAAUUGGCCAGGCCGGGGAGGCAAUAGAGGAGCGCAAACUGAUGGAUCUCCUAACACCAGCAACUGGCAGAGGAAGUCAAUGCAAUAUAAUUCGCAACCCAGGAUGCCCGACCGCCGUUACAGUGGUCCGCACAGAGUGUGGAACAAUAAGUAUUCGGAGCGGAGUUCUCCCUACCAACGAGGCUACCAAUCAAGCUACAGAAAUCGGGAACAAUUCGAUAAGUAUAGCUCGCAUAAUCACAAUUCACACCCAGAUCGCCAGGAGAGAGAUUAUCCAAAGAGAACUGAUUACCAUUAUUCCAAUAAUUCAAAUAGAGAAAGGAGUCCGGGCAGGUAUAGAGAUGAUCGGUAUAGGGAACGGCGCUACAACCUUAGGCAGAGCGAAGAUAACUAUCAUAAGGAUUCGUUAAGAAACGAGAGUAGUUUUCAUCGGCACAGCAGUCAUAGACAAGAGCCGAGUGAAAACAAUAAAGCUUCUAAAGCUGAUAGUAGUCUGGUUCUGGAUAGAACCGAACCACAACCAGAUCCUAAUGACAUUGCUCUCAAAGAGCGUAGAGCUGAUGCCGAGAAAGCAGAAAGGUUGGAGGAUAUUUCAAAGCCUUCCAGUAAAGCCCCAACAGCUUCUAAAGCUGAGCAGAAAACAACCAGCCCCGUUGAAAAGCCUUCUAGCCAUAAGCCAAGUGAUCAAAAUCUCAAUCUAAGCAGUGGGAGUCCCCCAACAGAACCCUCUUCCCUAAUUCAGGUUCGUCCUUUGACGCAACUACUGAAACAGGAAAUCCUAGCAGUCACCAAGGAGAAAAACUUCAAUCAGGGACAACCCGAUCGGCAAGCUCCGACAUCACCUUUUGCUGCCACUGCCAGUCCUAGUCGCCUGGCCAUCAAGCCCAACUUAAAAAACCGCCGACGAACUGUCAGCUGCAAUCAGGGGAUAAGUAUAGCCAACAAUCCUUCCAGGAGUGAGCAGGAGGCCAGCAUCAAUAAGCGCAUAGCCAGCCUAGACAAGGAGAGUCUCAAGUACAUAAUCAAUAAUAGUGAUACGAUCUACGACGAGCACUUGAAACUCCAGGCCCGGCGGCGUUUGCGAGAUGAAAUCCGGCGACAGCUUAAAGCCAUUGAGCUGGAUCAGCCCAAAGAUAGUCCUGCAAAGGACCUCGUAGAAGACGAAAUCGUAGACGCCAUUAAAUUGCCAGAGCAACUUUUGCAGGAGAUCGAAAAGUGUUUUGGCAUUAAAAUUUCAGAAGAUGUUUCUAUUCCAAGUAAAGAAAUCAAAAAAGAAGUGCCAAACGCCAAGGAUGUCCUUCAAGGAAGCGUGACAGAAAGUUGCAAGGAAAUUAAAUCUCACAAAUCUGCAGAAAAGGAUGAUAAUCCGAAAAGUUCAAAGGAUCUCAGCAACGAUAAAAUUAUGAAAGGUUUCAGUAAUAAUACCAAAGAGUCUACAGAACUUUUGAAGGAUAAUAAUCGAAGCGAAAGUGUAAGGAAAAGUGAUGGCGAUCAAAAAAAAGAAAUAGAAGGCUCCAAAUUAAUAAAAGGCAAAACACCAGCCGAAAAUAAUAACUCAACUAAGAACAAGGAUCCUGGGAAAACAGAGAUGAGGGAAGAAGAUCCCAAAGUCCCGACAUUAAAAAAAAAAUCAAAACAUGAGGUCAACAAUACAGAGACUUUCAGCAAUAUAAGUCCAAAUAGGAUUCCUUCAAAGUCGACCAAAGGAUCUGAGGUUUUAGCAGAAAAACAUCGUCCUCCAUUGCUGCCAACUCCGCCGGGUGGAAUGAUUUCUAUCAGUCCUAGUAUUGAGAGCCAAAGUAAGCAAUCAGUUAGCCAAUUGCCAAUCCAAACCUCUCAAGAAGUUAAUGAAAUAUUAAGUAUAGAAACAAGUCCCGAAGUCCAAAAUCAGCCACAAGCCAUUUUGAAUGAAUGUUUUGAAAACGAAGAGGUAUCAACUGUCCAAGAAAAUAUGCUACCCUCUCGAAUGGAAAUUAAAAGGGAUUCCAGUAGCUCUCCAGUAAUUGAAGUUAUAGUACCGGAAGAUGUAAUAGAUCUACUUAGCUCCUCAGGUGAUGAGGAAGACGAGGUGGAAGAAGUUUCCAUGGAGGAGGAUGAGCUUGAAGCUGAGAUAGUGGAGAGCCCAUCCAGUGAGCUUGAGGAAUUACAAGAACCAACACCACCGACACUUGCCUUCAAUAGUUUUAAGGACGAAAGAAAAGUUUCUACAAACUCGGAAGAUAACUCUGAAGCUGGCAUGGAAGUGGAUAGACUCGAAGAUGAGACAGAGGAGAUUGAGGAAUUAGAGUUGAGAGAAUUAGCACCAAUGACACCUGCCAUCAAUAACCUUAAUGAUGUCUCAGAUUAUGAGAAAAAGCGGUUGAAACUAAAACUACAAAGCAUGGCGGAUAACGUGGUAGAUAGCUUCGAAAAGCUAAUCCUGCCGAAUCUUCGGGCGUCUCUUUCGGAGAGUUACAGUCGCAAACACUCGAGUAGUUUACAGAGCCGACUCCACUUCAUAUCCUGCGUCGUGACCAGCUCCGAGCACAACAGCCGCACCUUCAGCAAGAUCGAGGUGGCCAACAUCCAGAGGAAUCUGAAGGCCGCUGACAACCAGCAGGCCAUGGAGUUUCUCAUCCGGGAGAUUGUGAGCGUCGUCAAUCUGCAGAAGCAGCGUCUGCGGGGACAGGAGGAGAGCAGCCAGGAUAAUGCCUCUGGAGAGGUUAAGGCUACCCCGAACACAUCCCAAAUGAUUGAGCCACCAGUGCAUCGGACUCCUCCUGCAUUAAAUCCACUUCAUAACAGUUCUCCUUCUUUGGUUCCUUUCCCAAAUCCUGCCUUGCAGUUCCCCGUUCACCAAAGUAUUACGCCAUUCCCCGUGGGGCUGCCAUUUUUGGCCACAGAUUCCAGCCUUCAUCAGAUUGCUUCGAGUACUCCUUCUAGCUUCGGCUAUCCUCUGCCGGGCGUUGCGAUCGAUUCAAUGGAACUCUCCGACCAAGUGGGUCAAAUCAAUGAGAUAGACCGUCGCUUGCUGGAGAACCUGAACCGCCGAACCUUCCUGGAGGAAAUGAUUAUGAAGUUUCAAAAGGAGAAGUCGGACCUGGAGAUGCUUAGCUUGGAACUACAAACUCGGAGGUCUAUGUUGCUCAAUUCGAUAAUUGCCAGGAGUCGGCCGCCAACAGAAGCACCUCCAGCACCGAAAACCCCACCACCCUCACCGACGAGGGAGUCCAAAAGGAAAAGCCCCAAGAGUGUUACAUCCAAAAAUGCAAUCGCCAAACGAACCAGAAGUAAAACGCAAAAACCCAAGGCCUUAUCCAAAGUUCGUAAGCUUCAGAAGAAAAGGAUACCCAAGACCAAGUCGAAGGAACUGAAGGCUCAAUUGCAGAAAGAGAUCUCUGAGAAGGCCAAGAGAAACAAAGGUUCGAAUGAAUCCAAUACCAAAGCUAGACUGGAACUGGAAGAGUCUAGCCCGAAGAGUACAGAGGAUAUACCCCCCGCUACCAAACCCAAGCAAUCUCAAGUUAGGAAGCCUAAAGCCAAUGGGAGAACUAUACCACCGCUUCCACCGCCUCCACCUCCACCUGAACCCAUUCGCCGGCUAUCCUACGAUAUUCCCCAUGGACCCGAUCCAUCCAAGCCCCCACCUCCGCCACCUGAACGGUGUCGAAAGCACAACCCGCAUACAAACGAAUAUAAAGUGGGAAACAUAUCAAAGGGAAAGCUUCACAAUGUCACCAGCCCCAUCACCCAGAUCAGGAUACACAAGAAGUAUGUGAUAGCCGCAUCCGAAGACGGCGACAUCUAUUUGUUCCAUCUAGUCACCCACAAACUGGAGCGAAAGAUCACCAAGCACAGUGAGGCCAUUACGAAUAUGUACUUGUGCGAGGAGGAGUCUCUCCUGUACACCACGUCCUUGGAUGGCUUUCUCAAGAAAUCAGCAGUGGAUAAACUGGAACGAGUCCUGCAAACUACUUAUUUCAAAGAACCUCUUCAAUCCAUUGAUGUGGCUUGGGGAGCUGCAUUUAUUGGCAGUCGUUGGGGGAAUAUCUUUUCAUACAAUGUUGUGACCAAUAAAAUGAUAGACAAUCCUUUGCUCUCCACCGGCCAAUCGAUAAUCGCAGUGAAAGCCACAAAGGAGGGUAUCCGAAAAAUCCUUUUGAUCGGAUGCAAAGGCAACUUUGUUCAUAUGCACGAUGCUGGCAGCGGAUUGCUUCUGAGGCGACUUGAAAUUCCCGAGGGCCUCAAUGUGUAUAGUCUCCUUUUGAGCGAUAGCUACAUCUACUGCGGCACGCAGAAGAAUGAGAUUUUCCAAUUUGAGUUUGCUACUGGCAACUUGAUAACAAAGUUCAAAUGUGGCAACGGUGCUGUGUCUAUGGCCUCGUACGAGGAUCGUUAUUUGUUGGUUGGAUGCUAUGAUGGCUUUAUUUACGUCCUAGACAAAAUUGCUGGAACACGAGUGGGUAGCUUUAAAGGGGCUGGUCGUUUGAUUUUAGCCCUAAUCGUUGCAGGCGACAAAAUAGUGACGUCUUCGAAAGAUAAUAAUUUACAGAUUCUGGAAGUGCCCGAAUAUUUGGUUAAUUGCCAGUGAAAAGAUCAUUAUUAUUGCAAAUCGAUUUUAAUUUAACAAUUUUACACGCACUUGUUUUUAUAAUAUAAUACAAUGAACUUAAUCGUUGACCAUUGAUUAAGUAUUAUGUUCUCUGUAUAUACAGUUGGAUUUUACAUUUUUUUUGUCCAAUUGAUAUUCUUUGAAGAUUAUUUCUUCGUCGUAAUUGUAAUCAAAAAUAAAAUGAGAACUUCUAGUAAAAAUA